CUUCAUUUGCGCCUUUUUCGGCAUGGCUGCUGCUAAUGGACGGUAUAAUGGGCCAGACUACCGCAGUCAACACCUCGAUCCAGAGUGAUUCGGGAUUCAUUGGAUGGUACUUGGGUCCAUCAACUACCCAAGCAUUGAUGGAUCCGGCUACUUGGACAACAUCUGGACGCUAUGCACGCGGUUGCUCAGCAAAUGACACAUGUGCCUACGCGACAAACUGUCAAGAUAACCGGAUCACCUAUGAUAAUGGUAAAAUAUGUGCUUGCCCUACAUGUCGCACUAUGACAAUCUUUCAGACCGCGCCAUACGAAACACCAUCAGCCAGCAAUGUCUUCUGUGCCAAUUAUUGGGUUGCAUUCACGAUCUUUCGCAAACUGCCAGCAACAACAACCAGCUCAGAACCCUCUACAAUAACUACCGCCGCGUCGACUUCCUCUACAACACUUCCUUCCGCAACAGCUUCGUCUACGGCGCUCCCAGAGCCAGAUGCAUCACCAACGGGGUCAAGCAAUUCUAACCAAGCCUGGAUUGCGGGACCAGUGGUCGGUUCAAUUGCAGCUGUCGCCACCAUCGCAGCCUUUUAUCGGCCAAAAUCACCAACAACCCGCUGUACCGAUACAAGAGAUGGAUGCAUCGAAUGAAAAUACUGUAUAUGAGCUCAGCUCGCAUACUAAUAAAUAGGAGAACCGCUAUCAUGUGUCAUUGGGCAUGGGUAAAUUGCACCGUCCAUUCAUUGGCUUAAUAUUGCAUUGAGACAAAUACUUGUCC